AUGCACUCUGCUUGCCUCAUUACCGCUGGUCUCUCCCUGUUGUCCGCAGUAGCGGCGCAGACUUCGACGGAAUGCAACCCUACAGAGAAGACUUGUGGUGCAGACCAAGGCCUGAGUCAGGCGUCGUACAGCGUCGACUUCACCAAGGGCGCCAGCGACGACUGGAACAUCACCUACGGCGCUCUGACCUACGAUGACACCAACGGCGCCGUCUACACCAUUUCCAAACCGGGUGAUGCGCCUACGGUCCAGUCCAACUUCUAUGUCUUCUUCGGUGUCGUCUCUGUUGUGAUGAAGGCCGCGCCAGGAACCGGAAUCGUGUCCUCGGCCAUUCUCGAGUCCGACGAUCUCGAUGAGAUCGACUGGGAGUGGCUUGGAGGCACCGCAACCGAGAUGGCCGACUCCCAGGCCGACUUCCACAACUACACCAUCGUGUGGACUAAGGAGAGCACAAUCUGGAUGAUCGACGGCCAGUCCGUCCGCACCCUGGCUUACGCAGACGCCAACGGCGGCUCCAACUACCCGCAGACGCCCAUGCGCGUCAAGCUGGGCACCUGGGCCGGAGGCGACCCGAGCAACCCGGAGGGCACGAUCCAGUGGGCCGGCGGCGAGACCAACUACGACGACGGCCCCUUCACGGCCUACAUCCAGAGCGUCUCCAUCACCAACUACAACCCGGCCAACUCGUACACCUACGGCGACCUGACCGGCUCGUACGAGUCCAUCGUGCUGGGCGACACCGACGUCAACACCACCACCAGCUCGGGCUCCACCGGGUCCGACUCGUCCGCCGACGACGGCUCGGCUCCCACCUCGCCCGUCGCGGCCUCGAAUGCCUCCGGUACCGCGACUGUCCGCCCUUCGGCGACGGGCGGUGCGUCCGGCAUUUCGGGCUCGGCCCCGUACAGCAACGGCUCCAGCUCGACCCGGCCUGGCGCAUCAUCCGCCACAAACGGCACAGGCUCAUCGUCACCGACCUCCCCCUCUUCAGGGGGCUCGGAUGGCUCGGAUGGCUCGUCCAGCUCGUCGUCUUCAUCGUCGUCAGCCUCGGGCUCAUCUACGGCCGCGGCCGAGGCCAGCGCUGCGAAGCUGACUGCCAGUAAGGCUGGUAGUUCGGUCCUCCUGGGUGUUGUUGGUUGUGCCUUGGCCCUCAUCUAG